AUGUCGAGGAAGUAUGGCACGACUACUGGCUGUGCAAGAAGUUGGGAGGCCCCUUGGCUGGUCUCUUCGAGUGGAGACGAACGACAUCACGAGCUGAAGCCAGACGAUGGGCCUCUGCAUGAUGUAGAAGACGAGCACAGAGUCUCCGACGAGCACGAGUUCCAAUACACUCGCAUCAUCAUGAAUGUCUUGAGGUUAAACAACGCUGCGUCCGUUGGAAAGACCGUGAGAUCCUUGACUGCAUCGGGGCCAUCCGAGAUCUUAGACGCGUACGGAAUGAUCGAUAUUCUCGUCAACGAUAAGCCCAUUUCGUGGGUCGGGUCGACCGGCAUCAGUGUCGUCCACGCGGGUUCCAUCAUGGAUAGCAGCAAGGUCGUCGUUGAUUCCACGGCGUUUCAUUGGGUCCUGGGCGCGAGAAAGUGCAUAAGCUACUACGUGGAAAUGGGCCUCACCAGGCUGAUAGGGGAGAAGAUUUUUCUCCACGACACCGAGCACCCAGACUCCGUUGACAAGCUAGAAGCGGACAUGUUCAUGACGACAUUCUCGUAG